CUCCAUCCCAUGCUCCACUGCAUCUGUCAGGCCCUGACCGACCAGAGCCAGGUGGUCCGUAAUGCUGCCCUGUUUGCCCUCGGUCAGUUCUCCGAGUUUCUGCAGCCUGAUAUUAGUAAAUACUCCGAUGAGAUCAUGCCCCUUCUCCUGAACUACCUGGGCACAAUCGACAGCUCGAAGGGUGGCCAUCUCACGAAGGCUUACUACGCCCUGGAGAACUUUGUCGAGAACCUGGGGAAGAAGAUCGAACCAUACUUGCCCACACUGAUGGACAGGAUGUUGACCGCUCUGUGCUCAUCCAACAGCAACCGGGAGAAGGAAUUGGCAGUCAGUGCAAUCGGUGCUAUCGCCAGCGCUGCCAAAGAGGGACUGCUUCCGUACUUCCAGGCAGUGAUCGUGCAGCUGAAAGGAUACUUGGUGAACACGAGUGAGGAGCUGCGACAGGUCCAGAUCCAGUCACUGGAAACAUUAGGAGUGCUUGCUCGGACCAUUGGCAAAGACGUCUUUCUUCCCCUUGCUGAGGAAUGCUGCCAACUCGGGCUGAACCUUAUUGACCACGUGGAUGACCCUGAUUUGCGGAGGUGCACCUACAGCCUCUUUGCCGCGCUGUCAGUGGUGAUGGGCCCGAACAUGGCACCGCACCUUGAGAAGAUGACCACCGUGAUGCUGCUGUCCAUCAAAUCGACAGAAGGAGUUACGGUAAGGGUUCACCGGCUCCGGCGUUUUGGCCCUGUGUGCCCUCAGGGCGCACUGAUUUGUGUCCUCCUGGUUAAAAGCAGGUUUCUGGAACCUGACGUUCUCCCCUUGGCCUCCCCCGUCCCCGUCCCCUUCCUCGACGUUAACGCUACGUCCUGUUAACCUGCCACCCGCGUG